AUGUUUAAACCAUUAAGUGGCAAGGUUAUCACAGUUAUAGGAUCAUCUGGAUAUGUAGGAUCUAAUGUAAUCAAAAAUGCUCUAUAAUAUGGGGCAAUAGUGAAUGGAGUCUCUAGAAGUGGAUAACCAACAAACCAAUAAAAUUGGACUAGAGAGGUAAACUGGAUUAAAGGUGAUGCAAUGAAAGCACAUGAAUUUAAAGAUGUUUUAUAAAAAAGUGAUAUUGUAAUUCACACUAUUGGAACACUAAUCGACUCAUCAGUUUUAAACAAUAAAAAACCAGGUGAUCAAGGGACUUAUGAAUAAAUGAAUAGAGACACUGCUUUAAAUGUUGUGAAAGAAUUGAUCAAUACAAAUGUAAAGUUUGUUUAUGUGAGCGGUUCUGCUCAUCCACCCUUUUUAAAAAGAUACCUAACCACCAAAUAAGAAGUAGAAUAACAUAUUUAGAAUCUCUAUCAACAAUAAUAGCUGAAUCCUAUCAUUGUAAGACCAGGAUUCAUUUAUAGUUUAACUUAAAGAUGGUGGAGUGUUCCUCUAAAAUAUGAUUUGGCAAUAUGGAAAUGCGUACAUGACAAUGCUUCAAAAAUAAUUCCUUAAAAAUCAUUUGUGGGAUAAAUCUUCAAUGAAUUCAAAGUUGAUAGUUCAAUUGAUUUAUAAGAUGUCGUUGAUUCAUGUUUGGCUCCUUUAAAAAUAGAUUUGGUUGGAAAAUCAUUAAAUAAUUAAGAAAUGGAAAAAGUGGCUUAACAGUUUAGAAAUCUGUAAUGA